UGCAUUUAACAAGAAAAUGGCCGAUUCAGAAUGACGGGUCGCAUCUCCUGCGUUACUAGUUAGGUUGAAUUUGCUUUCUUUCUAUAAUUACAGUCCAGAGCGAAGCAGUUAGUACAUACAUUGUUACGGAAUAUUACGUGUCACAAACUAUGUCCCUUUGAUGUGUUUGUGAAGUAAACGAAGUGCUGUAUAUUAUUUUUUCAUUCGCAGCUGUCAUCGUUGGAAAUCAAAUCAAGUGCAGACAUGUCCUCAGUCAUUAUAGCAAAACGAGAGGGACCACAGUUCAUCAGCGAGGUCGCUGUGAGGGGCAACGCCGCCAUGCUGGACUACUGUCGGACGUCUGUGUCGGCUCUGUCCGGGGCGACAGCGGGCAUCCUUGGGCUUACAGGACUGUACGGAUUUAUCUUCUAUUUCCUCGCCUCGUUUCUCCUCUCCCUUCUUCUCAUCCUCAAGGCCAGUCGCAGGUGGAACAAGUGCUUCAAGUCUCUGAGGAUGCUCUUCACAGGAGGGCUCGUUGGAGGUCUUUUUACCUACGUCCUGUUCUGGACCUUCCUCUACGGAAUGGUGCACGUGUACUAAUAGAAUUGACCAGAAUGAUUUUAGUUUUAACCCCAAUGUCAUAUAAAUGAAUAUUGUUUAACUGCCCAUACAACUGUUUGUAGAUAUAGGCGAUUGAUGAAAGAUGUUAGAUGAACUGUUUAUACAGCUAUGUGAAGUACACUGUAUAUACAAAAGUAUGUGGACACCCCUUCAAAUUAGUGGAUUCGGCUUUUCUGCCCCGGUCAACUGUAAG